AUGAAGGAAACGACAGUGGCAGAGGCGGUGGCGGCGAACGGAUCAAAGUCGUCUAAACGAGACGCCGAAGUGGCGGCGGACGGGAUGUCGGACACCGUGGACAGGGGGAAGCCAACCGCAGGCUUUCGUCGGCGGACCGCGGCGGCGGAGGUUGUGUCGUCACCCGGUGGACGGUCGAGUACAGCGGUGGCCGUCCUGUCCGUGGUGGCCAUUGCCUGUUCCCUGGCGGCGGUCGACUUGCGACAAGCGGCCGCUGUUGGUCAACACUGGCUGUCGACGCUGUUUCAGUCGGCCGGCGAUCAACAGGUAGAUGCCACCGAUGUGUGUAUAAUAAUAAAUAUUUAG